UCGGCGUUAUUUUAUUACAUGUCAAAUUCGUUAACGUAAAAGCGAAAAAUGCUUCGUUUUUGUUAUUCUAACGUGUGAAAUUACUGUUUAAUGUAAUAACAUCCAUAUUACAACCAAUUAUUGACAUUUGAUAAUAGUUUAAUCGACAAUGGACGUGGACACGGGCGGCCGCAGCCCGCGCUCCCGCAGCAAGUCCGUGGAGUCCGCGUCGAAGUCUCGGUCGCGCUCGCGCUCCACGUCAACCUCCAGCCGCAGCAAGUCCAAGUCGCGCAGCCGCAGCGGCUCUGCCGUCAGCCGCAAGUCCAAGUCUCGCAGCCGCAGCGGCUCUGCCGUCAGCCACAAGUCCAAAAGCGGAUCUCGAGCGAAGUCUAGAAGCGUGUCGCCGGCUAAGUCGCGCAGCGGGUCGCGAGCCAAGUCCGGGAGCGGGUCGCCGAAGAAGUCCCGGUCUCGCAGCGGGUCCCGAGCCAAGUCCCGUUCUCGCAGCGGGUCCCGGGCCAAGUCCCGUUCUCGCAGUGGGUCCCGGGCCAAGUCCCGGUCUCACAGCGGGUCCCGGGCCAAGUCCCGGUCUCGUAGCGGGUCCCGGGCCAAGUCCCGGUCUCGCAGCGGGUCCCGGGCCAAGUCCCGGUCUCGUAGCGGGUCCCGGGCCAAGUCCCGGUCGAGAAGUCGCUCGAGGUCGCCGGAGCGGAUGCAGAUCGAUGAGACGGGAGACAGGCCGGAGUCACCCACCUUUACACAGGUGGAAAGGAAAAGCCGAUCCCGCUCCAAAUCGGCCGGUCGGAACUCUGCAUCCCGAUCUAAGUCCCGUUCUAAAUCUCGAUCUAAGUCUCGAUCGAAAUCUCGAUCUAAAUCUCGAUCAAAAUCCCGCUCCAAAUCGCGCUCGAAAUCUCGUUCCCGCUCUAAGUCUGGUUCGCGCUCGAAGUCCCGAUCUCGCUCCAAAUCCCGAUCCCGCUCCAAGUCCCGGUCCCGGUCCCGCUCAGGAUCAGGCAGCCGCUCGCGCUCGCGGUCCGGGUCGAGAUCUAAAUCUAGGUCGAGAUCUAAGUCCAGGUCGAGAUCUAAGUCGAGGUCGAGGUCGAAGUCGGGAUCUCGGUCGGGCUCUGCCAAGUCCAAAUCUAGGUCUCGUUCCCGCUCGCGCUCUCGCUCCGGCAGCCGCUCUCGCUCUCGCUCGGGCUCCGGAUCUCCGCGCGCAGACGCUAAGAAGCGGCGCACCGUGCGGCUGGCCAGCGACGACGAGGGCGACGAGGGGGGCGCGCGGCCCGAGGGGGGCGCGGCGGAGGGGGGCGCGCCGCCGCCCGCGCGGGACGACUCCUCCGACGACGACAUCGCGCCCGACUCCAAGACGGAGGAGAUGGCGGGCGGCAUGUCCGACUUCGAGAUAAUGCUGGCGCGCAAGCGCGAGGAGCGCAAGGGGCGGCGGCGGCGCCGCGACAUCGACAUCAUCAACGACAACGACGACCUCAUCGCGGCGCUGCUGCAGCAGAUGCGCCAGGCCGCCGAGCAGGACCGCGAGCUCAACAGGAAGAACCAGCCCGCCGUCAGGAAGGUGUCGAUGCUGAAGGCGGCCAUGUCGCAGCUCAUCAAGAAGGACUUGCAGCUCGCCUUCCUCGAGCACAACGCGCUCAACGUGCUGUGCGACUGGCUGGCGCCCAUGCCCAACCGCGCGCUGCCCUGUCUGCUCAUUCGGGACUCCAUACUGAAGCUGCUGCAGGACUUCCCGUCGAUAGACAAGUCCCUCCUGAAGCAGUCCGGCAUCGGCAAGGCGGUGAUGUACCUCUACAAGCACCCCAAGGAGACCAAGGCCAACCGCGAGCGCGCCGGCAGGCUCAUCUCCGAGUGGGCGCGCCCCAUCUUCAACCUCUCCACUGACUUUAAAGCGAUGACCCGCGAGGAGCGCCAGGCGCGAGACGAAGCCAUGGCGGGCGCGAGGAGAAGGGACAGCGAGCCCGGGCCCUCCGCCAAGCGGCCCCGCAACGAGGAGCGCUCUGAGAAGCCGCUGCGGCCCGGAGACCCGGGCUGGGUGGCGCGCGCGCGCGUGCCGGCGCCCUCCAGCAAGGACUACGUCGUCAGGCCCAAGUCCACCUGCGAGAUCGAGAUGUCCAAGGUAACAAAGAAGAAGAUGACUCGGUACGAGAAGCAGAUGAAGCGGUUCAUCGACCAGAAGCGCCUGCGCAGCGGCUCGCGCCGCGCCGUCGAGAUCUCCAUCGAGGGCCGCAAGAUGGCGCUCUAAACCAUACUGAGGACUUUGCUCCCGUCAACCGGUAGAUGGCGCUAUAAAUUGUUAAACUACACUUUUACAGUAGGCUCUAGUGUACGCAAGAUGACGCUGGAAACCAUACUGUGGACUUUGCUCCUUGUGUACGCUAGGUGGCGAUGUAAACUACACUACAGCUACACAGGACGAGGGAUUUUAUUGCACACGAGGUGGCACUCUAAACUAUACAGGGAUUGCCCCUAUGGACGGUCACCGGCCAUAACAUCGCACAAAAAGAAGACAAUCUUAUUCUCAUCAUAUCUAAAGCCAUAAGAGCGUGGCAGAUAUUUCUGCAGCCAUCUUUUUGUAGGAUGUUUUUGCCGGUGACCGUACGUAAGAUGGCGCUGUAAACUGUCCCGCGGAGGACUCUGGGGACUGCUCCUCCGUACGCAAGGUGGCGCUAUAAACUAUCCUUACGUGGGGUGCAAUGGCAUAUACUUGCCACCAAAGAGUUCAGAGCGGCUAAAGUGCUCACAAACAUCUGGACACACCUCUGUUCUCAAGUGUAUGUUCGUAAGUUGAAAUUGUAUGUACGCAGAAGGUAAAAGUACCAGUGCACAUACAACACACGCCAAUGACCAAUAGUUGACACCCUUCAGACAUUUAUUAAACAAUGACAUAAAAUUGAAAAUAUUUAUUUACUGGUACACUGUCGAGCACUGGUAGGCUUUUUCUUAUAUUUGGUGAUGUUUGUAUAAGCAUAAGUCACAUCAAUUUUGACAUUCAAAUGUUGGAAUGCGCGCCGUGCGAUGCAGUUUUUAGUUUGAUUUUAUUUAGGGCAUAUUUUUUGUAAAAAAAAUGAAUGCUUAAGUACUAGUAUUUCUCAAAACGUGAAUUUACGCAAUUUUUAUUUAGUUAUUUUAUUUAGUUAUUAUUUUCAUUAAAGUGCUAUUGAUGCAAUAUCGUGAUUAUUAUGAAUAUGUAAUUACAGAAAACCUUUUUGCAAUAUUAUUAUGGUUUACAUUGAGAUGACACGCACCCAGAGUUCAAAGAAUCGAUUUCCUAUAAAACCCAAUUACUAUCUAAAUGAAAAGUGGAUUUUUAUAAAGGAAUGCUUCAAUAUUUGUUUCUACAUAUACAGGGUGUUUGGGUUUGGCACGUGAACCUACAACAUUUUGUGUGGGAUUUGUGGUGUCAUUUCCUUCCAUUUCGUCCUUGGCACCUUGGUCCUAGGAGUCACGGUUCUGGAGAUAUGAUUUUUUUUAUUUUCUUCCUAAGGCCCACUUGCACCGACCACUUAACUCAGGGUUAGUGGACUGUCAUCUGUCAAAUUCCAUAUAAAAUGGUGGUAAUGGAAACCCACCAUUUUCGUUGGUGCAAGUGGCCCUUAAUCAUCCAGACACAUGGUAGUGUUGUCCCGUUUUCUCACACGCAGAAAGAAACAACACUAGGAUGUUGACACUUUUUCUAAUAUUGACUCUUUUGUCGGACGGUACAUACACUGGCGUCAUCGUCAUAAAACUAGACGCCAUUAGUAUUAUUUCUGACAUUCGCUAGAUGUCACUUUCAAUAAUUUUGGGUGCUUUUUGAUAUUUCGGAAAUACUCCGCACGAGAUCAGUGGAAUUAUACUUCUAGUGUUGUAAACUAGAUCUUCGUUACAAAAAGGUUGCUUUGUUGCAAAAUGUAACUUUUGUUUUGAAUAUUUUGCGUGCAAUCUUUGGACUGUUCCAUUCAUUCUCCUAAGGCCCAUGUAAAUGAAGCAAAGAAGAUUUUCCACUACAAUUUUAACUUUUAGUAAAGAUAAUAGAGUCUAUUUCGUUUGAAAAUUUAACGAAAUAAAAGAAAUGCAUCUGUUCCAAUUUAUUAAUUUUAUUAUGAUUUGAAUUUAGGACGCUGGGCCUUAGGAGGUUUAAAGGGACUGUGAUAGUUAGUAUGGUAUGUGAUCAUUUGUGGACCUUGAAGGAAGGUCAAAGAGGGGACUAAAUGCGAGUCACUCGUAGGCACGUCUAUUGGUUUCUAACCUCAAAAUAUAAUUUCUUUGAUGAUGACAGUUUUGUCGACUACAAAUGAUUGUUUUGAGGUUAGACGUAGCAAUUAAAAUGAAGACGUAAAGAAGGGUGUGAUAGAGUAAGCUGGGCCGCGGGGCGCGGCGGAGCGUGUAAAGUUUAAUAUAACGUAAGGCGUAUAUAAAUAAAUGACUUGUAAGUUGUAA